CAUAUCGAAACGACGGCCAAUCGAAGUUGUUCAUCCCUAGAAGAAGACGAGAAAAAAAAAUAAUAUAUAAUAAUAGAAUAUUCCACCGUGAUAAUAUUGCCAAGCAUUGUUUUCCGCGUCUUCGCCGUCGGUAAUUGGGCAGCUAACAGAACGACCAUUCGGCCAGCACUCGAGGGGCCCGACCAGCAGGAUAAUCGGCACGAGAAGCGAGACACCAUCGACAGGCCAACACAGACCACAGACCACAUCCACAGCCAAAUCUAAAUCCAAAUCCAAAUCCCAAUCCAACUCAAAUCCAAACCCAUUUCGAGUGAAAAGACAGCUGCCCAGCGGAAUGCCACUGUUCGGGAAGUCGCAGAAGUCGCCAGUGGAGCUGGUCAAGUCGCUGAAGGAGGCGAUCAACGCCCUGGAGGCGGGCGACCGCAAGGUGGAGAAGGCGCAGGAGGAUGUCAGCAAGAACCUCGUUUCGAUCAAGAACAUGCUUUACGGGAGCAGCGAUGCCGAGCCGCCGGCGGACUAUGUGGUCGCCCAGCUGUCGCAGGAGCUGUACAACAGCAACCUGCUGCUGCUGCUCAUCCAGAACCUCCAUCGCAUCGACUUCGAGGGCAAGAAGCAUGUGGCGCUCAUAUUCAACAAUGUGCUGCGCCGCCAAAUCGGCACCCGUUCGCCCACCGUCGAGUAUAUCUGCACGAAGCCGGAGAUUUUGUUCACCCUGAUGGGCGGCUACGAGGAUGCGCAUCCCGAGAUCGCCCUGAACUCGGGCACAAUGCUGAGGGAGUGCGCCCGGUACGAGGCGCUGGCCAAGAUCAUGCUGCACUCCGAUGAGUUCUUCAAGUUCUUCCGCUACGUGGAGGUGUCCACCUUCGACAUUGCCAGCGAUGCCUUCUCCACGUUCAAGGAGCUGCUCACGCGCCACAAGCUGCUGUGCGCCGAGUUCCUGGACGCCAACUACGACAAGUUCUUCUCGCAGCACUACCAGCGUCUGCUCAACUCGGAGAACUAUGUGACGCGGCGGCAGAGUUUGAAGCUGCUUGGGGAACUGCUGCUGGACCGGCACAACUUCACCGUGAUGACGCGCUACAUUUCGGAGCCGGAGAACCUCAAGCUGAUGAUGAACAUGCUCAAGGAGAAGUCGCGGAACAUACAGUUCGAGGCGUUUCACGUCUUCAAGGUGUUCGUGGCGAAUCCCAACAAGCCGAAACCCAUCCUGGACAUCCUGCUGCGCAACCAGACCAAGCUGGUCGACUUUCUGACCAACUUCCACACGGAUCGCUCCGAGGACGAGCAGUUCAACGACGAGAAGGCCUAUCUGAUCAAGCAGAUAAAGGAGCUGAAGCCGCUGCCCGAGGCUUAGUUGGGUCGGGAUUUAGGCUUCGACUCCAACUCUUGAUCCAAAUCCAGAUCCAGCGUCCCGGGGGCAAAAGGACCGUAGCCAGAAGGAGAGCAGGAGCGAUUUAGCAGGAUGUGAACAUGUUUUGUGUGUGGGUUAAAGCAAAUAUAUGUUAUAUAUACUAUAUUUUGUGACGAUGAUGACUCUACACUUGUGAGUAACUAAACAAUAAUUUAGACAACAACAACAAUGAUAAAUAACGAUAAAGCGAACUAGAGAACAACAAAAA